ACGCGGAAUUGAUUCAUGAUUAAUUAUGGAGAAGCUAGAUCAUAUGGGAUCACUUGCAUUGAAUCACAAGCUUUCAGAAGCCUUUGCCAUACUCAUAUCUCAUCUCCUUCAGCAACAACAACAAACCACUUCAAAGGCACACAAUUGAGGAGAUCCAUAUGGCUCGUAUCAGUUGUAGGUGAUGAUCCAAACGAUUUCAUUUUGCAUUUGUGGUGGUCCUAUAUUGCAGAUCCUUGUUUUCUAAAUUCCUCUGCUGUGGGUAAAGGAGCCUAUAUGGCCAACAAUGGUGUAAAGGAGCCCUUGCUGUGGGUAUCACUUGAUGCGACUCAAAAGACUGAACAGCAGCUAAACAAGAGAAGCCUCCUCCGUUUUAGAAGUGCUCCUCACGCAGAAAUUGUUCCUACUGAGACAAAUGGCAAUGAAUCAAUUCCCCAUAGUGCGUCCAUAUUCCAGAAUUUACAUCCAAGCUUUAAAAGAGUGGCUAUCUACCUUGCAGUCUAUUUAGGUGUUGGUGCUUUAAUCUUCUACCUUGUCCGGAACCAGAUUAAGGGGCAGAAAACAGAUGGAAUUCUUGAUGCUUUGUACUUUACAAUUGUGACAAUGACAACUGUUGGAUAUGGAGACCUUGUGCCAAAUAGCCACCUUACAAAACUACUUGCAUGUGCUUUUGUUUUCUCUGGGAUGGCAUUGAUUGGACUAAUUGUAAGCAAAGCAGCAGACUACUUAGUUGAGAAACAGGAAAUUUUGCUAGUUAAAGCCAUGCGCAUGCACCAAAAAGUUGGUUCAACUGAAAUUUUAAGGGAGGUUGAGACCAAUAAAACAAGAUACAAAUUAUUUAUAGUCUUUUUCCUUCUUUUUAUUCUCAUCAUCGCCGGGACAAUUUUUUUGGUCACAGUUGAGAAAUUGGAUGUUAUUGAUGCAUUCUACUGUGUUUGUUCUACAAUUACAACCCUGGGUUAUGGGGAUCAAAGUUUCUCAACUCAAGCAGGAAGAAUAUUUGCUGUGUUUUGGAUAUUGACAGGUACUAUUACUUUAGCUCAGCUUUUCCUCUACAUUGCUGAGCUAAACACUGAAAUCAGACAAAAGGAACUUGUCAAGUGGGUACUUACAAGGAAAGUGACCAAUUCAGAUUUGGAGGCUGCAGAUCUUGAUGUGGAUGGGACUGUGAGGGCUGCGGAAUUCGUUAUUUAUAAGCUCAAAGAGAUGGGGAAGAUUAGUCAAGAAGAUAUAUCACUUGUGAUGCAGGAGUUUGAACAGCUUGAUGUUGAUGAUUCUGGCACACUAUCAACUUCUGAUAUAACUCUUGCUCAGUCAUCUUAGACUAAAACAUUACAUUGCACCAAGUUGGUGCAGAGUGUUCUUAUUUUCCACUUUGAUCACGUAAUGCACACCACACCAGAGCUUUGAUGAGGAUGGAAAAUCUGAAAUUUCUUGAACGGAUAGGCGUUUAUUGGUCAGUCUCAUGCUAUCGAAUUAUUGACUACUUGAUCAAGGAGCUUCUUAUACAUAUCAUGUAAGUAUAUAAGCUUAAAAGUUUACACUUCAGUUCAGAGUCUUUUGUAUUUUACAGCUUAAUAUACAUAGAUGAACUCGGAACAUUCAAUUCAAAACACACUAUCCUCCUCCUUAGUUUACACUUUUUCUUCGAUCAAGUAGAAUGAGCUCGGGGCACGGAUUCGGAGGUUAUUAGAUGUAAUUUUUUUGGGUGGGUGUUAACACAAAAAAAUUGAGAAUGUGUUACAUCAAUGCAUUUGGAUUGUGCCAGCAAAACUAGGUCAUGAACAAAAUUUUAUUAUUUCUUCAAUUUUUGUUAAUAUAAAUACAAGUCCAAUCUUAUCAUCA